CGUAACUUCAGGCGCACAAUUAUACCUUAAAAAUGUAUCAAUGGAUGAUCAUUAUCUCACUCAAUCAGCCGAUUUCAAAAAUCCAAACAAAAUUUGGGAAAUAAUUCCAAUUUUACACUAGGCAAACAAACACGCCCUGGAGAGAACAAGAAAAACAAAGCAAAACCCAAAAAAAUCUAAACCAAGCGAGGGACGCGAGCGAGAAAUACAAAUAACAACCAGCUGAUGUGGAAUUGAAUCGUUCAUUCAGUCGACAGAGCUGAUCUGGAAGUCAUCUCUUUGUGUGGUAGAUUUGGUUUCAUAGGAAAAAAUGGCGCAUUUAACUGAGAGGGACGUCUGCCUGAACAUCACUACUCUUGAAGCUAAGGAUAUCCGUUGGCCAACAUCACUGGGAGCCCACGGAUCGGAUGCAAUGCACACUGAUCCGGAUUAUUCGUGUGUUUAUGUUACCAUCAGCACAGCGGAAGGAACAUACGGUAAUGGACUUACCUUUACGCUGGGACGCGGAACGGACAUCGUUCUGCUGGCGGUUAGGGCUAUGAAGCGUUUCGUUGAAAAUCGCACCACUGACAGCAUCUAUCGGAAUUUUGCUCAAUUUUGGCGUGAACUAACCAGCGAAUCCCAACUUAGAUGGAUUGGACCGGAAAAGGGAGUGACUCACCUCGCGGUAGCAGCCAUUAUUAACGCGUUGUGGGAUUUGUGGGGAAAAAUUCGCGGGGUGCCGGUUUGGAGGCUGCUAACAGAUAUGGAUCCCGAGGAGUUGGUAUCCGUGAUAGAUUUCCGUUACAUAACUGACGCCAUUACCCCGGAAAAAGCCAUCAAUAUUUUGAAAACAAGUCAACAUGAUCGUCAAACGCGAAUAAAUGAACUUGUCGCUAAAGGAUAUCCAGCGUACACAACGCAAGUCGGUUGGCUUGGCUACAACGAUGAUCAAAUUCGAACAUUAUGUCGCAAGUAUCUUAGCAAAGGCUUCACGGCUUUUAAAAUCAAGGUAGGACAAAAUGUUGAGAAUGAUAUAAACAGAUGUCGACUGGUACGGGAGGAAAUAGGUUGGGAAAACAAACUGAUGGUGGACGCUAAUCAGAUUUGGGAUGUUAAUGAGGCCAUCGCAUGGAUGGAGCAGUUGAAAGACUUUAAGUUGCUUUGGAUUGAAGAACCGACCUCACCUGAUGAUGUUUUAGGACACAAGAAAAUUGCAGAUGGAAUGCGCAAACACGGAAUCGGUGUAGCUACUGGGGAAAUGUGUUGCAAUCGGGUGUUGUUUAAACAAUUCCUACAAGCUGGAGCACUCGAUUUCUGCCAAAUCGAUUCCGCUAGAAUCGGCGGGGUUAACGAAAUUCUGGCUGUUUAUUUGAUGGCGAAGAAAUUCAACAUAAAAAUAUGUCCUCACGCCGGAGGUGUUGGUCUUUGUGAGAUGGUGCAGCACUUACAAAUGUGGGAUUACACAUCUGUUUCAGGCACGAUGACAGACCGCAUGGUCGAGUUUGUUGAUCAACAGCACGAGCAGUUCAUUCAUCCGGCCGUUAUCAAUGCUGCCGCUUGCUAUGUGGCUCCAACUCAGCCUGGCUAUUCGACUGAGUUGAAACCGGAAGCUAUUGCAAUGUUCGAGUAUCCAAAUGGCUCAGAGUGGAAGCGCAUGUUUGCCGAAGGAACCUUCAGCAAGGAAGAUUAUUGAUUGUUCCUUCAUGUUCUCGUUAAUGUACCAGUUGCCUAAAGUAGCAAUUAUCUGAAAAUAUUGUUUUUUGGUGAAAUAAAAAUGUUAAUAUCCACAACAAUAAAUAAUGAAAUAACUCCACAUACAUAAGACAUA